AUAGUUUAAUUUUCACACUAAGUUUAUAACCUUUAAAUACAAUAAUAUAACAUACAAAAUAAAUAUGCACUAUCUUUAAAUAAUUUUCUAAAAUGUUGAUGUCAAUUUAGUUGAGCAAUAUAAAGGACAUAAAUUUAAAUAUCACAAAUUUAACACAUAAGAAUACGUCAUUGAUGAUCAUAAUUUUUAUGUAGCAAUGUCAAGUGCGCGAUUAGAACAUACCAGACUGUAAGGGUUUGUUCUACCUGUGGUAAUAUUUUGUAUCCUUGGAAAUCAUCAUUAUCCUAUUUUUACAAUGUUAUUGUUUAUUGAUAAGUUAAGAGUGUUGGACGCAUUCGUGACGCUCAUGCGUCACAAGGAGCCAUUCAUUCGUCAACGAUGUUGUAUAGUAAUUAAAAUACUAAGCGGUCAGCCGUUGGGCAAAGUCACUAUAAUGAUGAAUGUAAACUUGGUGGAGAUGAUGCUGAAAGGAUUGUCGGAUGAAGAUUAUCGAGUUCGGUUCCACUGUGCAGCGUCUGCGUUGGCAUUAGCGGAUCAGAGGGUCGGAAAUGAAGCCAUGGCCGAGUGUGGGUUUUUGGAGCGAGUGCUGCAGAGAGUGUACGAGGAACAAGAUAGUAGGAUCAUACCGCUGUUGUUGAGAACCAUAAGUCGUCUAAUGGCCACCAACGAUUCAGUCCGAAAGAAAAUCACACAAAGAGAUUUACAACUAUUCUUGUCGAUGAAUCAAAAGACCGAGGUAACGAAGAUUUUGGCUGAAACUUUUGAUGGCGAUUGGCUAGCAAGCCGUGGUAUUCUCGAAUAUCUGAAAUGCGGCAUGAGAUCUCAUAGUUACGAAGUGGUCCUUAACUGUGUGAUGUGUAUGUUGAGGGCGGCAACAGUGCUGGAAUCAAAGAUUUUUUUAGCCGAAAGUAAUACAAUGAAUUUACUCGUGACAUUUGCACUGGCACCAAGUAUGAAAGGUCGAGCUUUGAAAGAGUUUGCGCUUCAAUUGUUAUGUAUCCUAGUGGAAACUACUUACGGCCGUAAAUACAUUAUGGGACAGAAAAUAUUGUUCGACGAGCUCAGUAAAAAUAGCGAACCGUCGUGUCAAUCAUAUAUUAAAAAAUUUAAAGAUAUUUUACGAGCACAGUAUUAAAAAAAAAACGUUGAUUAACUCGCGCUUAUUAAAUAGUUCUUUUUGUUAAAAACACUACUUAUUGAGUUAUAAUAACAACAAAAUGAUUAAUCAAACUUAUAAUUCUGUAUCGAUUAU